UCUUUCUUUCUUUCUUUCUUUCUUUUAUCUUCCAUUGAAGGAUUUUUGAAGCUCUAAAGGUCGAUAUAUUUUGAUUGAUUGUUAUAUAGAUAGCCAUGGUUAAGAAGAACACGUCGAAGAGUUAUUCGAUGGCAGCAGUUGCGUUGGUGAUCGUUGUGGUUAUGUAUGUUGUUUUGUCCUCCGUCUUUGAUCAUCAACUGUUUCGUUCGUCAAGUUUAUCUCAAGUUUCCUUUGUAGGUACAAUACAACAAACAUGGGAAUCCACAAGAAUCAAGCAAACCCCACAAGAGAUGACUUCAUCAGCAACAAUUACAUGUGACCGAUCCCACACUAGUUACGAUCUCUGCUCAAUCAACGGCUCAUGUAGUCUCGACCCCAAAACCGGAACGUUAACUCUCCUCCUAGACCCAACAUUCGCCAGAUCAACACCACCACUUGUCCAAGAGAUCAGGCCAUACCCAAGAAAAGCUGAAAAAUGGAUCAUGCGUAGGAUCAGAGAGCUAACACUCACUUCAUCACGCACAAUGGACCAUACCCGAUCAUGUGACAUAACACAUGAUUCACCGGCGAUUGUGUUCAGUGCCGGAGGUUACACCGGAAGCGUUUAUCACGAUUUCAUCGACGGUUUCAUUCCGCUUUUCAUCACGGCCAAUACGGUAUACCCUGACCGCGAUUUCGUCGUCGUGGUAGUGAAUUCGAAGGAAUGGUGGAUGUCGAAAUACAUGGAUAUUCUAGGUGCGUUUACCAAACACAAAACCAUAUUACUAGACAAAGAAAACGUUGCUACGACACAUUGCUUCACUUCAGCCACCGUAGGCCUAAUUUCACAUGGGCCUAUGACUGUAGACCCGACCCGAAUACCCAACUCUAAAUCGUUAGUAGACUUACAUAAUCUCUUAGACAAAGCCUUUAACCCAAACCUAUCUUUUCUCAAAAUUUCCAAGCCUCGUCUAAUAUUGGUCAGUAGAUAUGGCAACGUUGGUCGAGUGAUAUUAAACGAGAGAGAGAUCAAAGAGAUGCUUGAAGAUGUCGGAUUCGAGGUUAUAUUAUUCAGACCAUCGAAAACGACAAGUUUGAGAGAAGCAUAUAAACUUAUAAAGUCGAGCCACGGAAUGGUCGGGGUACAUGGCGCGGCAUUAACCCAUUUCUUGUUUCUUCGACCGGGUUCAGUAUUUGUUCAAGUUAUUCCAGUUGGCCUAGGUUGGGUUGCUAAAACAUGCUUUGAAUCACCGGCUAAGGCAAUGAAGUUGGAGUAUACGGAGUAUGGGGUAAACGUGGGAGAGAGCAGUUUGGUAGAGAAGUAUAACAAAGAUGAUUUGGUUUUGAAAGAUCCGAUUGCUUAUAGAGGAAAGGAUUGGAAUGUGACUAAAAUGAACGUGUAUUUGAAAGAACAAGAUGUUAGAUUAGAUGUGAAUAGGUUUAGGAGACAUAUGAACGAAGCAUACGAAAAAGCUAAACUUUUUAUGGACAUAAACGGUUGAUUGACGUUUAUGUUCCAUCCUAUAAUGAUUAGUGCUUUAUUUUUUUAUCGGGGUAUGAUGUUAAAUUAUUCGUGUCAUAUGGGUGAGGUAUAUAUUGGUUCAAUGAUGUUGGAAUAAUUGUUAUAAUUGCGAUGUUACUAGUGUUGCGUAACAUUAUUGUCAUCUUCUAUUGGACCCCCAACGCA